ACUGCAGACACAAGAAGUCUCCCCAUGGCAACUCAUCACAUCCGCAAAUACCAGGAGACUGACCACAAAAGGGUCCUGGACUUGUUUUCCAAAGGGAUGAUCGAACAUGUCCCUGCCACCUUUCGCCACAUGCUGAAGUUGCCACAAACAUUCCUGCUCUUACUUGGGGUGCCUGUCACCCUACUCCUGGCCUCUGGCUCUUGGCUCCUGGCUCUUGUAUCCGAUGUCACACUCCUUGUUUUCCUAUGGAUGCUGGCCAGACACCCUUGGAGGCAGUACGUAGUCGAGUGUUUGCAGACAGACCUUGCUGACGUCACCAAAUCCUACCUGAGGGCCCGUGAUUCCUGCUUCUGGGUGGCUGAGUCUGGGGGCCAGGUGGCAGGCAUAGUGGGUGCUCUGCCAGUGAAGGAUGCCCACCCAGGGAGGAAGCAACUGCAGCUGUUUCACCUCUCUGUGGCCUUGGAGCACCGAGGUGAAGGACUAGGGAAAGCCCUGGUCAUGACUGUCCUCCAGUUUGCGAGGACUCAGGGCUACAGUGAGGUUGUCCUUGAUACUACCAUUGUACAGGAGACUGCUCUGACCCUCUACCUGCGCAUGGGCUUCCAGAAGACAGGAGAGUACUUCUUUGACAAGGUCUUUAGACUACUGGGCAUUUAUACAAUUCAUUUAACUUACUUCUUCCCAUCUGCGCAGGAGGGAAGCCUGUGA